AUGGCAGGCUUUGCCCACUCGCCACUGUCAGCUCCCUUGCCGGUGGUGACCUGGCCAGGCAGUGCCGUGAGGAGACGGGGGCCAAAGCCGGGGGUGACAAGGCCUGGCCGGCAGCGAGGCCCUCGGCGUCCGGGCGGCGCGGGACGCCUGCUGCCUGCCCAGAGCGCAAGCAUCGAGUGCCCGGACUGCGGGCAGCGCCACGAGCAGCGGCAGCUGCUGGCCGUGGAGGAGGUGACCGACCCCGACCUGGUGCUGCACAACCUGCUGCGAAACGCGCUGCUGGGCGUCAGCGGCGCCGGCCCUCCCCGCAGGAACACCGAGCUCGUCAAAGUCAUGGGCCUCUCCAACUACCACUGCAAGCUCCUGGCCCCCAUCCUGGCCCGCUACGGUAUGGAUAAGCAAACCGGCAAAGCCAAGCUCCUCACGGAGAUGAACCAGGGAGACAUCUUUGACUGCUCCCUCUUGGGUGACCGCGCCUUCCUCAUCGAGCCGGAGCACGUUGAAACCAUCGGUUACGGAAAGGACCGCUCUGGCAGCCUCAUCUACCUGCACGACACCCUGGAAGAUAUCAAGAAGGCCAACAACAGUCAGGAGUGUCUCAUUCCUGUUCACGUGGAUGGAGAUGGCCACUGCCUCGUCCAUGCAGUCUCGCGGGCACUUGUUGGCAGAGAACUGUUCUGGCAUGCUCUGCGAGAGAAUUUAAAGAAGCAUUUUGAGGAGAACCUGAGUCACUACAAGGCGCUUUUCCAUGAUUUUAUUGAUGCAGCGGAGUGGGAGGACAUUAUCAACGAAUGUGACCCUUUGUUUGUUCCUCCAGAAGGUGUGCCAAUGGGCCUUAGGAAUAUUCACAUCUUUGGUCUGGCCAACGUGCUUCACCGGCCUAUCAUCCUGUUAGACUCAUUAAGUGGAAUGCGAAGCUCUGGAGAUUAUUCAGCGACGUUCCUCCCUGGUCUGGUACCCCUAGAAAAAUGCAUGGGAAAAGAUGGCAUGUUGAACAAGCCAAUAUGCAUUGCAUGGAGUAGCUCAGGACGUAACCAUUAUAUUCCUCUAGUUGGAAUAAAAGGUGCUGCUUUACCUAAACUGCCUAGGAAGCUACUUCCUAAAGCCUGGGGAGUUCCUCAAGACCUCAUCAAAAAGUACAUCAAGUUAGAGGAGGAUGGUGGUUGUGUUAUUGGAGGAGACAGAAGUUUGCAAGAUAAGUACUUGAUGAGGCUCGUUGCUGCAAUGGAGGAGGUUUUCAUGAGUAAACACGGUAUCCAUCCCAGUCUUGUAGCUGACGUACAUCAGUAUUUCUACAGAAGGACUGGUGUAAUAGGAGUCCAGCCUGAAGAAGUCACUGCAGCUGCCAAAAAAGCAGUGAUGGACAACCGCCUUCACAGGUGCCUCAUCUGCGGCGCCCUUUCCGAGCAUCAUGUUCCUCCAGAGUGGCUGGCUCCUGGGGGGAAACUCUAUAACCUGGCAAAAAGUACCCAUGGCCAACUAAGGCCUGACAAAAAUUACAGUUUUCCCCUGAACAGUUUGGUGUGUUCUUACAACCCCACAAAGGAUGUGCUGGUACCAGACUAUAACCUGAGUAGUUUGACUGCUUGUAACUGGUGUCAUAGUAACUUAGUGCGUCGUGUCAGAGAAGAUGGAUCUGUUUCAUAUUUGGACGGAGACAGAACUAAUACUAGGUCUACAGGUGGCAAAUGUGGCUGUGGAUUCAAGCACUAUUGGGAAGGUAAAGAAUACGAUAAUCUCCCUGAAGCUUUUCCUAUUACUCUAGAGUGGGGUGGAAGAGUGGUGAGAGAGACAGUCUACUGGUUCCAGUAUGAAAGUGACACAUCUCUGAACAGCAAUGUGUAUGAUGUUGCCAUGAAACUUGUUACCAAGCACUUCCCUGGUGAAUUUGGUAGUGAGAUUCUUGUUCAGAAGGUUGUCAACACGAUAUUGCAUCAAACUGCCAAAAAGAACCCUGAUGAUUAUACCCCUGUAAAUAUCGAUGGUGCUCAUGCCCAAAGAGCUGAUGAUGUACAGCAAGGACAAGAGUUAGAGUCACAACUUCCAACCAAAAUUAUUUUGACUGGACAGAAGACAAAAACUUUGCACAAGGAGGAGUUGAAUAUGAGCAAAGCCGAAAGAACUAUUCAGCAGAACAUUGCAGACCAGGCUUCUGUAAUGCAAAAACGGAAAAGUGAGAAAUUGAAACAAGAGCAUAAAGGGCAACCUAGGACUGCUUCUCCUGGGGCUGUUCGUGAGGGGCCAUCAUCUGCACCUGCUACACCAACAAAGACCCCAUACUCUCCAACAUCUACAAAAGAAAAGAAAAUUCGAAUAACCACAAAUGAUGGGAGGCAGUCAAUGCUUACCCUAAAGUGCACUACCACCUUCUUGGAACUACAGGAAAGCAUAGCGAGAGAAUUCAAUAUUCCUCCGUAUUUGCAAUGUAUUCGCUAUGGCUUUCCUCCUAAAGAGCUUCAGCCUCCCAAAGAAGGCAUGGAAAAUGAGCCCGUUCCUUUGCAGCAUGGUGACAGGAUUGCGAUAGAAAUCCUGAAAGGUAAGGAGGAAGGCAGGCAGUCUGCUUCAGCACCCUCUGCCCGUGCCGCGAAGCAUGAAGACGUUGCUGUGACUAGUAAAAUCUCAUCAAAGGAACUGCAAGAGCAAGUCGAUAAGGAGAUGUAUUCUCUCUGUCUUCUAGCAACAUUAAUGGGAGAAGAUGUUUGGUCUUAUGCAAAGGGGCUUCCUCAAUUGUUUCAGCAAGGUGGAGUAUUCUACAGCAUAAUGAAGAAAACCACAGGUUUGGCUGAUGGCAAGCACUGUACUUUUCCACAUCUGCCUGGUAAAAACUUUGUGUACAAUGCAGCAGAAGACAGAUUAGAGUUGUGUGUGGAUGCUGCUGGGCACUUUCCUAUUGGUCCUGACGUUGAAGAGUUGGUUAAAGAGGCCUUAAGUCAAGUGCGAGCAGAAGCUACUUCAAGAAGCAGGGAAGCAAGUCCUUCACACGGAAUGCUGAAGCUGGGUAGUGGUGGAGUAGUGAAAAAGAAAUCUGACCAACUACAUAACAUAACUGCAUUUCAAGGAAAGGGCCAUUCACUAGGAACUGCAUCUAGUAGUCAACAACAUGAUCAAAGAGCCAGGGAAACACCACUUUUAAGAAAGCAUAGCACAGAAACGGACUUCAGUCCUUCUAAAAUUGAGCCUUCUGUAUUCACAGCUGCCUCUGGUAACAGUGAGCUUAUCCGAAUUGCGCCGGGAGUUGUGACAAUGAGAGACAGCAGGCAGCUUGACCCCACUUUGAUUGAGGCACAGAGAAAAAAGUUGCAGGAAAUGGUCUCUUCUAUUCAGGCUUCAAUGGAUAGACAUUUGCGGGAUCAGAAUACAGAGCAGUCAGCAUCAGUUGAUCUAUCUCCAAGAAAAGCAGAGGCAGUGAGUUCAACUGCUAAAACUGGGAGCUUUCAGGCUGGCUUGCCCGAAUCGUUUUCUGCACCAGGUGGUACUGAACACUUGAAUACCGAAUCAACUGAUGGUAGUGUGGUGAAUUCUGUGGGCACAGCAUUUCCUGCAAGGUCUAAAGCACAAAAGGGAAAUUCUGUUGAGGAGCUUGAGGAGAUGGAUAGUCAAGAUGCAGGAAUCACUAAUACAACUGAGCCAAUGGAUCACUCUUGAUAGGUUAAAAUCUAAUAAGGGUAGAAGAAAUUACUGUUCAAAUGUUUAUUGGCUGGGCCACACAAAGUGAUUAGUUAUUAAAUCUUGUAUGUAUGUCAAAGAUUAUAUCAUCUUAUUCAGUGCAUGAUAAGCGUGUGAUUGGCAAUAGCUUUCAAUAUUACCAUACUGCUGCCCAGGCUGGCUCUGUUACCUGUAAAUUAGUUAUUAGGAAAUGCACUGAGAUGAAUAUCUGCUGUAAAUGUGGGUUCUUGAAAAUUCUUUGUAAUUUUUAAUUCCUUAAAAGUCUUAUAAUUUAAGCCCAUGCAAAGUUCUUACCAUGCUAGUUUAAGGUUACUGGAAAGGCUAGAACAGGCAAAACUAGAAACAAGACAAAGUUAAUCCUGUCCCAGGUACUUAAUUCCACUCAAAAAAUACACUAUAAACAUGAAUUAUACAUAAAUUUCAAAAAGCAACUGAAACUAAACUUCUGCUAAAUUUGAUAACGCAGCAUAUACAAUGCUUUAAUUAUGUUGUGCUGGCACUUCCUCCGAUUUAAAAACUUUUUCAUUCAUACAGCUGUAUACGCUUGUCAGAAAUCUUGGAAUAAGUGUAACUUUAGUAAACUCUCUUAAUUUCUGCAUAUUGUCAGUUUAAGCAAGUUAGAAAAAAGGCUACUUAGAUAAAGUGAAUGUGGUGUGGUUAUGCAUGGCUGUCUGAGCCAACACAACCAUUUUGGUGCUCUGUUAGUAAGUGAUAGCAUGUUUUUAUUUCCUCCCAAAUACUGAGCUAGUCAGAUGUUGUGCAACUUUUAAUACAAGUACAGGAGAGAAGAAGUUGGCAAUUGCAAGAAACAACAAAUGUUCAAUGGCAAAUCCAUUUCUUUUAAGACUUUGAUUACUAGCAUUGGUUAGUAAUGGCAAAAA